GUGACGUGAAAAAGCGCGCUAAAAAGUCGAGAUGGAUGCCGAAAGCGUACGCACAAACUUCAAUGAGAUUAAAUCUAGUUACAAUAUAAAUUUUGAGCUGAAAGAAGAGCAGAUUGAGGUGGCUGUAGCAGCCUUACAGAAGAGGAAUGUUGUGUGUCUGCUUCCAACAGGUUUUGGAAAGACAAUGUGCAUGGUGUUGCCAGUCAUUUUACAAGUGGAUAAAAAUCCUAUAACUCUUGUUAUUUCCCCGUUAUCGUCUUUGAUAGACGAUCAGAUGUCAACCCUGGAAAAUUGGAACAUCAAGUGUGCAAAAAUUACAUCUCGCUCAGACAUGCAAACAGACGUUAUAAGGGGCAUUUCUAAUGGAGAAUAUAAUUUAAUAUUCUCUUCACCCGAAUCUGUACUGAAACCAUUCUGGAAGAAGGUCUUCCUUGGAAGUAUUUGGCAGUCUCGUUUGUGUAUGAUAUGUGUGGACGAAGCACACUGCAUUUCUGAAUGGGGGGAAGAUUUUCGGACAGACUAUCAAUCAUUGCAUGAACUUAGAAGUUUUUUCAGUGUACACGUAAUGGGACUGACAGCAACCUCCACACAGAAAGUUAAGGAUGACAUCAUGGAAACGUUGCAGUUGACAUAUGCUGACACAGAUAUUAUUUUCAAGUCACCGGAUAGACCAAACAUCUUCAUUGAAAUAAGGAAAAGAGACGGUAAUGAUUUUGAAAUUUCACUAAAAUGGCUUAUUGAUUAUAUCAGGGAAAACGGAGUAAAUUCCAAGAAAAUCGUGGUUUACUGUAGGUCAAUUGAUAGGGUGUCAGAUUUAUUCUUGUGUUUAAAAGACAACCUUCAAUUACAUGCUUAUGCAAAUCAGGAGAAAAAGGCAAGUAACCUGCUUGUGGAAAUGUUCCAUAAGAGUACAUCGGAAGACUCUAAAGAACGCAUCCUGAAAGAGUUUAAACGGGAAGAUAGCAGAAUCCGAUGUUUAAUUGCUACUGUCGCAUUAGGUAUGGGACUGGACAUCAGGGACAUAGACCUUGUUAUUCAUAUAGGAUGUCCGAAAUCAGUGUUGUCCUAUUGGCAAGAAGCUGGCAGAUGCGCAAGGGAUGGCAGAGAUGGAUUCAGUUUUGUUUUAUAUGAUAACUUUACUUUGUCGCUCAAAACCACCGGCAAAUGUAUACGUGAUAUCAUAAAAAACACCAGCACUUGUAUCAGACGUCAAAUUGUAAAUUCAUUGACCGUAGACAACUUCAAAGAAGACACAUUAGAUACUAAGAAAUGCGAAGGAUGCGAUUUGCAGCAGUGCCGGUGUCCUGCCUGUAAAUGUUGUGCAGAGUGUUCAAAAAACUGUACUUGUCAAGAAAGGAGCAAAUUUAGUGUUGAAGAGUUUCUACAAACACCGAGAGAUUAAAAUUGCCGAUUUUUUCUCAACUGUCUUCUCUAACAACUUGCUUAUAUUCUUUGUAACAACUCGAUUUUUGCAAUGCAAAUGUUGCUUCGCCAGCUAUUAUUU